AGUGUUUUGUACCAAGUGAAUCCAGUAUUUCCUGAGUAUUUCCUCAGAGCAACAUGUUUGAGGAGCAGGAAGAAGUUGCCCCCUUGUUUUCUGAGGACCUAAGAGUGCGCUUCAUCGGGGAGAAGGUUUGUCAAAUGUUGAAAAUCAAACCCGAAUGUUGGAACAAGUUCGUUACAGCUGAGGAGAACCAGCGGCUCCUUUCUGACUACUUUGAAACGCGGGUUAAUCCGCUGUUCUUCACUUCAGCCUCGUCCACGGUCCUCGGUGCUUCGUGGGAGGUCUCUUCUCUAUCUAGCUGCAAGAGGUUAUACGUUCUUAAGAAUUCAAAUGUUCCAAUCCUUGAUGAGAACUGCCAUCACGUUCUGCUUUUUGGGGUGCUGUCACCAUCCCUACUUCAUCAGCUGUCAAACAGUGUGGACAAGGUCUGCCUGCCACUGCUGUCAAACAAGAAGAAUCAUCAUAUGUGGCCGAGCGUCAUAUCCCAGGACGUAACGCAACAUGUUGAGAAUUUAUCAACCAAGGUCUCUGUGGUGAAAGGACAAGUCUGUGGAAAGACUGUUCUUCCUGUUCCAGCUUUGACUGAGAGAACCGCCGUCUGUCCAGAAACGUCCGUACAGAGGCUUCAGGGCUGCCAUGACUGGAGGACAGUGAUGCACGUUGUAGAAUCCAUGGUCAUUAACUGGGCCCAUCUGAUACAAAAAGUCCUAAAAGAAGAUUCUGCCGAGCUCAUCUUGAAGGGGCUGAACCCGGGACCGAACGCUGAACUGGACUUCUGGAGGUCACGAAGAAAUAACAUCCAGUUCAUUAAUGAGCAGCUGCACAGUCCCUCUGUUGAGAAACUGGUAAGAAUCCUGGAGGUGGCAGAUAGCAGCUAUUAUCCAUCUUUCAAAGCUCUGACAGAGAAUGUCCAUUAUGCCCUACAGGAAGCGAGGGACGUGGAUCUUCACCUGCAGCAGCUUCAGCCUCUCCUGUGUCAUUUAGAGAAGGGGGCGUUCUCCACCCACUCUGCAUCAAUCCCACCGCUCUUUCAUCUCGUCUUCUUGGUUUGGACCCACUGCGCGUCCUACCGCACGCCUGCUCGCAUCGUAGUGCUGCUACAGGCGCUGUGCAACCUUCUCAUUCAGCAGGCCACCUCAUACCUGUGUGGAAAAGAGCUGAUGAAAGGAGACACGGAUGAAACUCUGGAUAAGCUUCAGACUGUCGUGAGGCUCCUCGGGUGUUUUAAAGAGACGUUCCGCACCUACAGAGAGAAGGUAGCUGCUUGGGCUCGCUCCAGAGGCGCACGCAAAUGCUGGGACUUCCCUAAUGCCCUGGUCUUUACUCGAUACGACCGCUUCUUCGAUCGAGUGCUGCUGUUAGAGGACAUUUUCCUCACCAUGAACGAGUUCCAAAAGCUAGAGAAGGUCAUCUUUGGAGGAAUCAAGGGAAGAAUGCACACUGAGCAGGUCUAUCUGCUGUACGCGGAGUUUCAGCACCUCUGCCAAGAGAUCCUGGGCAGUGAUUGUGAUCCUUUAGAUCUGUCCUCUAAGGAGUUUGAGGAGGACUACUUACAUUUCAAAGACAAGGUUGGCGACUAUGAUCGGCGGCUUGGAAACAUCCUGUGCCUGGCGUAUAAAGACUGUUCAGGACUGGAAUCUAUUUGUAAACUCUUAGCUGUGUUCAGAUCGUUCCUGGAGAGGGAAAUCAUCAAGGAAACAUUCAGCCCGUACCUCCCGAAGCUCAUACAGCUGUUCGGUGCCGAGCUGCAAACAUGUAGGACCCUGCUCGAGACUCAACGAGACCAGAGGAAGAGCGGCAAAGCUGUAUCGAGUAAGAACCUGCCUGAAAUGUCGGCUGCUCUGAAAGGGAUCCGGAUGCUUAGGAACAGGGUACAAACACCCUGGCAGGAUUUCAGACUGAUUCUCGGCGUGACUGUGGAAGGAGCGGAUAUGGACGAGGUGUGUGAUAAAUACGUGGAGGUGUCCACUGUACUGAACGAGUAUGAGAUGGAGGUGUAUUCACAUUGGUGCUGUAACGUUAAGCAGGUCUGUCAGACCAACCUUGACCAGCCUCUCAUUAGAAGGGAUUUAAGUUCUGGUUUUCUGUCAGUCAACUUCAAUCAAGAGCUGUUAGCUGUGCUGAGGGACGUCAAACACGUUCAGAUGUUGGAGCAGACCGACAUCCCUUGUGCUGCUAUGGAAGUGUACGACCGGAAGGACGAGUUCCUCAUGGGCGUACGGAGCUUACAGCUGCUGGUUCAGUGGUAUAACAAGGUCAGGCAGACGGCGGCGGACGUGGAAGCCCUGCUCAUGAAGACGGAGCUGGAGGCCAUCGACCUGCAGCUGUACCGGGCGGAGACCGACCUGACGUGGCAGGACAAGAGCUGCUGGGGCUAUGUCUGUCACCUGAAGGACACGGUCUUCAAAAUGGAGCGCAGGCUUCAAAAAUCCAGAGACAACAUCGAGACCGUCCAGGAGCUCAUGAAGAGCUGGAGCAAGCAACCCGUGUUCUGCAGGAAGGACGGUAAGAAAGAGGCGCUGUUAAUGCUGGAGGACAGAGCGGCAAGAGUGGGGAAGAAGUACAGCAGCCUGAGGAACGAUGGAGAGACCGUACACAGCCUGUUGCAGGAGAACAAAAACCUCUAUCAGGCGAACGCCGAUUCACAAGCGUGGAAGAAGUACGUGGAAUACGUGGAUGAGAUGGUAGUGGAGGGCUUAUUUAACGCCGUCUCUCGCUCGCUGGAGUUCUUCGUUAACGAUACGGACGGGUCACUAAAGCAGGCGCCGCUGUUCGAGGCUCACAUGGUGCUCAGCGGCUCUGAGAUCAUCUUCAGACCCUCUCUGAAUAUCAGUGCAGGAGACGGUCUGUAUGAGCUACUGGAGGGACUAAUGAAGGACGUGUUGAAGAUGUCUGCUCAGGUUAAAAGGGUGGCGCCUCACCUGGACAUGAAGGACUACCAGGUCGACAUGGAAGAUACGUUAGACCUGUUAGACCUGCAGCAGGAAGUGAUGGAGCGAGUGAAUGAAGUCAUCAAGAAAGCCCGCCAGUAUCAGGGCUCGUUCGAGCACUACGCUCAUCUCUGGCUGGACGACCGGGCGGAGUACCUCAGGCAGUUUCUCCUGUACGGUCAGCCUCUCACCACCGAGUACGUGGAGUCGUACGGAGACGGUAUCGAUUUACCCGAGAAUCCACCCACCAGUGACAAAUUCAAAGAGCAGAUCGACUAUUAUGAAGAACUGUACGUACAGGUUAGCAGACUGGAGGAUUGGCGAGUGUUGGAUGGCUGGUUCAGGGUGGAUACGCGUCCAUUCAAAACCAAACUUCUGAACACUAUUAAAAAAUGGAGCUGGAUGUUCAAGGAGCACCUGAUCUCACAUGUGACACAAAAUAUCAGGGAGCUUGAGGAGUUUAUCCUGAGAGUAGACUCGGGGCUGAGAGAGCCGGUGACGAGCGGAGACUAUCAGGCACUGGUGACGGUGAUGGGCUGCCUGCUGGCUGUCAGAUCCAGGCAACCCAGUACAGACCGGACGUUCGAACCGCUCACGGCCGUGGUCGGCUUGCUCGAGCAGUACGGAGAGACGCUCCCGGGGCACAUCUGCACACAGCUGGAGGAGUUGCCCGAAAGAUGGAACAGCAUUAAGAAGCUGGCCUGGUCUGUGAAACACGAGGUCGCUCCUCUCCAGAAUGCAGAGGUGGCAAUCAUCCGUAAGAAGUAUGGGGUCUUUGAGAGAAAACUAAAUGAGUUCGAAAAGAAGUUUAAAACCGAAGCUCCUCUCCAGUGCAGUGCAGAAAGCCCUUAUUCUCAACUGGAUAAGUGCCACGGUGAGCUGGUGAGACUGGAGCAGGAGCUGGCGGGGCUGCAGGAGUCGUGUAAGCUGUUUGAAGUGAGCAGCCUGGAUUUCAGGCAGCUCAGGUCGUGUCGGAGAGAGCUCUGUGUGCUGAAGCAGCUCUGGGACCUGCUGCUGUGUGCCCAGAGUAGUAUAGCAGACUGGAAAGUAACACAGUGGAGGGAGAUUAAAGUGGAUCAGAUGGAUGCCGAACUGAGGAGGUUUGCCAGAGAAAUGCAGACCCUGGAUAAGGAGGCCCGGGGCUGGAACGUGUACGUCGAUCUGGAACUUAAGCUGAAAGAUCUGCUGGGUGCGUUACGUGCUGUAGCCGAGCUGCAGAACCCUGCCAUGCGAGAGCGACACUGGGCCCAACUGGCUAGGGCAAUGAGAGCGGACUUCAGCCUGACGGAGGACACGGUGCUCGCGGACCUGCUGGCUUUGCAGCUGCACACGUAUGAAGAGGAGGUUCACAGCACCGUGGCCAGAGCAGUAAAAGAGAUGGCCAUUGAAAAGAUAUUAGGUGAGAUCAGCCAGACGUGGUCACGGAUGGAGUUCAGUUAUGAAGAGCACUUUCGUACUUCUGCUCCGGUGCUGAAGUGUGAUGAUGAAGUCCUGGAGCUGCUGGAGGACCACCAGGUUCAGCUGCAGGCCAUGCUGCAGACGAAGCAGGUGGAGUUCUUCCACCAGCAGGUUCUGGUUCUGCAGGCCCAGCUCACCCAGGCAGACUCGGUCCUGCUGAUCUGGUUGGAGGUUCAGAGGACUUGGGCGUACCUGGAGAGCAUCUUCAUGGGAUCUGAUGACAUUUCUUCUCAGUUGCCUGAGGACACACACCGAUUCUGCAGCAUCGAUGCUGACUUUAAGGAUCUAAUGUUUAAAAGUGCAGAAACGAAGAACGUCAUUGCUGCCACCAACAAGCCUGGUCUUCUAGAGAUCCUUGAGGAUUUACAGAUAAGACUUGCUGUAUGUGAGAAAGCAUUAACCAAAUACCUUGAAACCAAGAGAACGGCUUUUCCACGCUUCUAUUUUAUCUCAUCCACCGACUUACUGGAUCUCCUUUCCAAAAGCAACCAGCCUAAAGAGGUCACCCCUCACCUUGUGAAGCUGUUUGACAGUAUGGUCGACCUGCGGUUCCGUCAGGACGGGCGCGAGACGGAAGACGCCGUCGCUUUAGGAAUGUUCAGCGGAGAGAGAGAAUAUGUGCCGUUUCAUUCCCCGUGUGACUGUAGGGGCCCGGUGGCGCUGUGGCUGACCCGUCUGGAGGAGGCGAUGAGGAACACGACGAGGAGGCACAUCGCCGAGGCGGUAGCCGCGUACGAAGAGCGGCCCCGGGAGCAGUGGAUUCAGGAGUACCCGGCUCAGGUGGCUCUCACGGCCUCUCAGAUCUGGUGGUCUACAGACGUGGGCCUCGCAUUUCAGCGUCUGGUGGAGGGAUUCGACACGGCUCUGCGCGACUACAGCAAGAAACAGAUGGCUCAGCUGAACUCCUCGAUAAACAUGCUGCUGGGAGAGCUGAGUCCGGGGGACAGGCGGAAGAUCAUGACCCUCUGUACCGUUGACGUCCAUGCCAGGGACGUUGUGUCCGGACUCAUCACGCAGAAGGUGAACAGCGCUCAUUCCUUCGACUGGCUCUCUCAGCUGCGGCACUACUGGGAUGAGGAACAGAAGCACUGCUUGGUCAACAUUUGUGAUGCCCAGUUUCUCUACUCGUACGAGUACCUGGGUAACACGCCUCGCCUGGUCAUUACCCCUCUCACAGACAGGUGCUAUGUGACCCUGACCCAGUCUCUACACCUGACCAUGAGCGGGGCCCCGGCUGGUCCCGCUGGCACCGGCAAGACCGAGACCACUAAAGACCUGGGCAGAGCUCUUGGCAUCAUGGUGUAUGUCUUUAACUGCUCUGAACAGAUGGACUACAAGUCCAUAGGAAAUAUCUUUAAAGGACUGGCUCAGACCGGUGCUUGGGGCUGCUUCGAUGAGUUUAACCGCAUUGCCGUGGAGGUGUUGUCUGUGGUGGCUGUGCAAGUGAAGACUAUUCAGGACGCCGUUCGUCACAGGACGAAGAGGUUGUUCUUCUUAGAUGAAGAAAUCGUCUUGAGACCCACCGUCGGGAUCUUUAUCACCAUGAACCCGGACUAUGCAGGACGGACCGAAUUACCGGAGAACCUCAAGGCGCUCUUCAGGCCGUGUGCCAUGGUGGUGCCGGAUAUGGAGCUGAUUUGUGAGAUCAUGCUCAUGGCUGAGGGCUUUCUUAAUGCCAGGCUACUGGGCAGGAAGUUCAUCACCCUGUACAGCCUUUGUAAGGAGCUGCUGUCCAAGCAGACCCAUUAUGAUUGGGGUUUGCGUUCUGUCAAGUCCGUCCUGGUGGUCGCCGGUACGCUGAAACGAGAGGACGCUUCCAGACCAGAGGAUCAGGUACUGAUGAGGGCUUUACGAGACUUCAACAUGCCCAGAAUGGUGACGGAGGACGUCCCGGUGUUCAUGGGCCUGGUCGGUGAUCUGUUUCCCGGCCUGGAGGUGCAGAGGCGGACCGAUCCUGACUUCGAGCGGCAGGUUCGACAGAGUGCGCUGGAGCUGAGACUGCAGCCGGAGGAGACCUUUAUUCUCAAGGUGGUUCAGCUGAAGGAGCUCAUGAGUGUUCGGCACUCCAUAUUUGUGGUAGGAAGCGCCGGCACAGGAAAGAGCCAGAUUCUCAGGACGCUGCACAGAACCUACGUGAACAUGAACAGGAAGCCGGUCUGGAACGAUCUGAACCCCAAAGCCGUAAGCAGGGACGAGCUGUUCGGGUACAUCCAUCCAGGAACUCGGGAAUGGAAAGAUGGUCUGCUGUCGUACUUCAUGCGUGAGCAGGCGAAUAAUCCUCACCCGGGGCCCAAGUGGAUCAUCCUGGACGGGGACAUAGACCCCAUGUGGAUCGAGUCUCUCAACACCGUGAUGGACGACAAUAAGGUUCUCACUCUGGCUAGUAAUGAGAGGAUCCCCCUCACCUCCACCAUGAGACUGGUGUUUGAGAUCAGCCACCUGAAGAACGCCACGCCCGCCACGGUCUCUCGGGCCGGCAUACUAUACGUCAACCCCCAGGAUCUCAGCUGGAACCUGUAUGUGAGCAGCUGGAUUGACAGAAGGGGGUGUCAGACCGAGAGAGCUCACCUCACUAUCCUGUUCGAUAAGUACGUGUCCCGCUGCCUAGAGCAAAUCAGAAGCUCAUCUAAAACCAUCGUCCCCAUCACAGACAUCAGCAUGGUGCAGACGUUGUGCUCGUUGCUGGACUCUCUCCUCGUUCCUGAGAACGUUCCCUCGGACUCCUCACGUGACGUCUACGAGACCUACUUUGUGUUCGCCUGCAUCUGGGCUUUUGGUGGAGCUACAUAUCAAGAUCAGCUCCGUGAUUACAGAGCUGAAUUCAGUCAGUGGUGGACCAAAGAGAUGAAGAGCAUCAAGCUCCCGGCUACCGGCUCAGUGUUUGACUUUUACCUGGACCCCCAGACCAGACGCUUCUUACCCUGGGCCGACAGAACCCCCCCCUUCCUGACGGAGCCGGACGUACCAGUACAGGGCGUGCUGGUUCCUACAGCAGAGACGGUGCGGCUGCACUACUUCAUGCGCUUGUUACUGGAACGCGCUCAGCCACUGAUGCUGGUAGGUGGAGUGGGCACAGGUAAAACCAGCCUAGUGAGAGACCUGCUGGAAGCGCUACCUGAGGAGAGGUUCCUCACCGCCAGCGUGCCUCUCCAUUACUACAGCACCUCGUCUACACUGCAGGCGCUGCUGGAGAGGCCGCUGGAGAAGAAGGCCGGGAGGAACCACGCCCCGCCGGGGGGUAAGAGACUCGUGUACUUGGUUGACGAUGUGAACAUGGCGGCGGUGGAUGAUUAUGGGACGGUGCAGCCACACACCCUGAUACGCCAGCACCUGGAUUAUAAACACUGGUACGACAGUCAGAAGCUGUCCAUGAAGGAGAUCCACAACACCCAGUACAUCGCAUGUUCCAACCCACAUGCAGGCAAUUACACCAUCAACCCCAGACUGCAGAGGCAUUUUAGCGUGUUAGCAGUGAACAGCCCCACCCACGAUGCCCUGACCUCAAUCUACAGCUCCAUCCUGAGUCAGCACCUACAGAACCUUCCUUUCGACGCGUCCGUGGCCGACGGCGCUCCCGCUGUGGUUCAGGCGGCCCUGGCCCUUCACGACAGAGUGAUCCAGCACUUCCUUCCUUCUGCCGCCAAGUUUCAGCACGUGUUCAGUCUGUGGGAGCUCUCGCAGCUCUUCCAGGGCCUGCUCUUCUCCACACCUGAGAGUGUAAGGCGUGGCUCAGACCUGGUGCAGCUGUGGGUCCACGAGUCCAGUCGAGUGUAUUCUGACCGCCUGGCUGAGGCUGCUGACCUGCAGCUCUUUCACAGACUACAGACAGAUGUGGUUCAGCAGCUGUUUAAGGGCCUUGAGAACGCGCCGGUGCUGCAGGAACCUUUAAUAUACCUGCACAGCUCCGAGGGGGGCGGGGAGCCCCGCUAUGGACCUAUAAGAGGAUGGGAGCAGCUACACAGCACCCUGUCAGAAGCUCUACGAAGCUACAACCAGCUUCACUCCACCAUGAGUUUAGUGUUCUUCCAGGAGGCCAUGCAGCACGUCUGUCGGAUCAGCCGAAUCCUGAGAUCUCCGCGUGGACGCGCCCUGCUGGUGGGCGUGGGCAGCAGCGGCAAGCAGAGCCUGACACGUCUGGCCGCUCACCUCUGCGAUAUGAACGUGUUCCAGCCCGUCCUGCACAAGAACUAUGACCUUCAGGACCUGAAGCUGGAUCUGGCAGGUAUCUGUAUAAAGGCCGGGAUUAAGAACCUUCCUACAGUGCUGCUGCUCACGGACGCUCAGAUCCCAAACGAAAGCUUCCUGGUGAUCAUCAGCACCCUGCUUUCAUCAGGUGAGAUCCGGGAGCUGUUAUCCGAUGAGGAGGUGGAUGAAGCAGUGAAGGCAGUAAGGAGGGAGGUCUGUGCUCAGGGCCUGCUGGACACCACCGAGAACUGCUGGAGGUUCUUCAGAGAACGUGUCCAUCGAAACCUAAAGGUGGUUCUGUGCACGUCUCCUGUUGGCACCACCUUGCGUCUCCGUCUGCGGCGAUUCCCAGCUCUGCUCAGCUGUACCACACUGGACUGGUUCCACGAGUGGCCUCAGGAGGCUCUGCGUUCAGUCAGCCAACGCUUUCUACAGGAGCUUCCUGGCAUCGAGCCAGCCAGUCGAGAGCCCAUCAGUCUUUUCAUGGCCCACGCUCAUGCCAGUGUCAAGCAGGCCAGCGAGCGCUACCGACAGAACGAGAGGAGGCACAACCACAUCACACCCAAAAGCUUCCUGGAGCUGCUCCGGGUGUUCGCUAGCCUGCUGGUGAGGAGAGAGGGGCAGCUGCAGCAGAGGCUGAGCAGAUUCAGUUCAGGCCUAAAGAAGCUGAGGAGCACCGCCUCACAGGUGGAGGAACUCAUGGCGAAGCUGAACUCUCAGGAAGUCGAGCUGAGUCUCAAAAACAAGGCCACUGAAGCUCUCAUCACCGAGAUUGGCCAGCAAACUGAGAAAGUGAGCCAGAAAAGACAGGACUCUGAUCUGGAGGGGCGAAGGGUAGCAGCUAUCCGGGCAGAGGUGACGCAGAAACGGAGGGACUGUGAACGUGACCUGGUUAAAGCCGAGCCAGCUUUAGAGGCCGCCACCGCCGCGUUAGAUACGCUCAACAAGGUGAAUCUGACCGAGCUGAAGACCUUCCCCAACCCCCCGCAGGCUGUGACCAACGUCAUGGCGGCGGUGAUGGUCCUGCUGUCCCCACAUAAGCGCAUCCCUAAAGAUCGGAGCUGGAAGGCCGCCAGAGCUUUCAUGGGGAAGCUGGACGACUUCCUGCAGGCGCUGGUCCGCUACGAUAAGGAGCACGUCCCCGAGCAGUGUCUGAACGUGGUGAAGCAGGAGUACCUCUGUAAACCCGAGUUUCAGCCCGACCACGUCCGCACCAAGUCCUACGCUGCUGCCGGCCUCUGCGCCUGGGCCAUUAACAUAGUGCGCUACUACGAGGUGUACUGUGAGGUCGCUCCUAAACGACAGGCUCUCUUACAGGCCAAUACUGAUCUGGAAAACGCUACGGCUAAACUGGCGACUGUGCGAAAUAAACUGGAGGAUUUGGAUCAGCACCUGCAGAACCUCACAGCUCAGUUUGAGAGAGCAGCAGCUGAGAAACUGCACUGCCAGGAGGAAGUGACCCGCACCAGACAGACCUUCGAACUGGCCAGUCGGCUGGUGGGAGGCCUGCAGUCUGAAAAGGUGCGCUGGUCCGAGCUGGAGCUGGAGCUGGAGGCUCAGCAGAAGACCCUGUGUGGGGACGUGCUGCUCGCCUCAGCCUUCGUCUCUUACGCCGGAUAUUUCACCCAGUCGUACCGGCAUCAGCUUCUAGAGCACACGUGGAAACCUUUCCUCAGUAACUUACUACCCCUCAUCCCGCCGACAGACGGCCUGGACCCCGUCCCGCUGCUGGCCGAGCAGGCCGGCGUGGCGACCUGGCACAACCAGGGUCUGCCUUCUGACCGCCUGUCCGUGGAGAACGCCGUGAUCCUGACCUGCAGCCAGCGCUGGCCGCUCCUGGUGGACCCUCAGCGACAGGCCAGCGAGUGGCUCCGCCGGCUGUACGGACCCGGACUGAGAGUGCUCCAGCACGGACAGAAAGGGUACCUGGACGUGAUGGAGCAGGCUCUGAGCCGUGGUGAAGCCGUGCUGAUUGAAAACGUGGAGGAACGAGUCGAUCCGCUUCUCCAGCCUCUGCUGGCCAGGAACACCACGAACAGAGGAAGGUAUAUCAGGCUGGGGGAUAAGGAUUGCCUCUAUAACAGUACGUUCCGGCUCGUCCUGCACACCAAGCUGGCCAAUCCUCACUUUCCGCCGGAGCUGCAGGCCCAGACCACUCUCAUUAACUUCACGGUGACCCGGACCGGUCUGGAGGAACGGCUACUGGGAGAGGUGGUCAGCCAUGAGAGGCCUGACCUGGAGAGCAUGAAGUUGGAGCUGAGCACCCAGCAGAACUUGUGUCAGAUCCAGCUGAAGGAGCUGGAGGACGAGCUGCUGAACCGACUGUCUGCAGUGGAGGGGAACUUCCUACAGGACCCAGCGCUGGUGGAACAGCUGGAACAAACCAAGAGCACAGCAGCUCACAUCCAACACAAGGUUUUAGAGGUCAGAGAAAAUGAGAUGAAGAUAAACGAGAGUCGUGAGCUGUACCGACCCGUCGCUCAGAGAGCCGCUCUCCUUUACUUCAUCAUUAAAGAGCUCCACAACAUUAACCCCAUGUACCAGUACUCAUUCAAGGUGUUCAGUUCUGUGUUUCACAAAGCUCUUGAAGAAGCUCCAGCGGGCGGAGACGUGGCCGGGCGUGUCACGUCCCUGACAGAGACCAUCACUUACUCACUGUACACCUACACCGGUCAGGGUCUCUUCCAGAAGGACCGACUCACCUUCCUGGCCCACAUCACAUUCCAGGUUCUCCUGAUGAGAGGAUCCGUUACAGCAGAGGAGCUGGAUCUGCUCCUGAAUUUACCAGCAGAGGUCAGCGGUGGAAGUCCCGUCAGCUUCCUGUCAGCACAGUCCUGGGGGUCCAUCAGGGCCCUCUCAGCGCUGGACGCUUUCCGUGGCCUGGACCGCGACGUGGAGGGCUCGGCCAAGCGCUGGAGGAAGCUGGUGGAGUCGGAGUGUCCGGAACGAGAGCUCCUCCCUCUGGACUGGAAGAAGAAAAGUUCUCUGCAGAAGCUCAUCAUCAUCAGAGCGUUACGUCCCGACAGAAUGAGCUACGCUCUCAGAAACUUUGUGGAGGAGAGUUUGGGCUCCAGGUAUGUAGAAGUGAGCAGGAUGGAGCUGGAGAAGUGCUACGAGGAGACCAGUCCCUCCACACCAGUCUUUUUAAUCCUCUCUCCUGGAACCAACCCACUGAAGGACGUGGAGCUGCUGGGAUUGAAGCUGGGUUACUGUGUAGAACGUGGAAACUUCCACAGCUUGUCGCUGGGACAGGGUCAGGAGGGCGUGGCCGAGAACGCUGUACGGGCGGCGGCAGCCUCGGGCCACUGGAUCGUCCUACAGAACGUACAUUUAGCGGGGCGCUGGCUGGGUCACCUGGGGGAUCUGUUGGAGAGCACAGGUGAAUCCGCUCACCCCGAGCAUCGCGUGUUCCUGAGCGGGCGGCCGGCCCCCACCCCCGAGGAACACGUCAUACCCAGGGGCGUCCUGGAGAACGCGCUCAAGCUCACCAGCGAGCCCCCGACGGGCAUGAACGCCAGCCUGCACGCCGCACUGGGCAACUUCAGCCAGGACACGCUGGAGAUGUGCUCUCACGAGCGGGAGUUCAAGGGCCUCCUGUUCUGUCUCACUUACUUCCACGCGUGUGUGAGCGAGAGGAGGAAGUUCGGGCCCCAGGGCUGGAAUCGGUACUACCCCUUCAGCACCGGAGACCUGACCAUCUCCGUGAACGUGCUCUACAACUACGUGGAGGUUAACCCCAAGGUACCCUGGGACGCCCUGUGCUAUCUGAUUGGAGAGAUCAUGUACGGAGGACACAUCACUGAUGACUGGGACAGGAGACUCUGCCGCACUUACCUACAGGAGUUCAUUCAUCCCAAACUGUUUAACGGUGAGCUGCUUCUUUGCCCGGGUUUCCCGGCCCCUCCGGAUCUGGACUACAGCGGUUAUCACGGUUACGUAGACGAGAAGCUGCCGGCAGAAAACCCGAGUCUGUACGGCCUCCAUCCUAACGCCGAGAUCGAGAUCAUGACCGUUACGUCCGACUCUCUCUUCGAGACGCUGUCGGAACUCCGGUGCAGGGACCCGGGGGGGGGGGAGGAAGUGGCUCCGAGCGCAGAGGAAGAGGUGAAAGGUCAGCUCGACUGGAUGUUGGAGAGACUCCCGGAGACGUACGGCGUGCCGGAGCUGAUGACGAAGACGAGUGUUCGCAGCCCCUUGGUCCUGCUCUGCUUUCAGGAGUGUGAGCGCAUGAACCUGCUGCUCUCUGAGAUCCACAGCUCACUCACAGACCUGGACCGGGCCCUGAAGGGGGAGCCGGGUAUGUCCUCAGACGUGGAGGCUCUGCAGACGUCUCUCUUCUACGAUAGAGUUCCGGAAAGCUGGAGCCGACUGUCCUACCCCACCACACACAGCCUGGCACAGUGGUUCGGCGACGUGGUCGGUCAGUGUCGAGAGCUGGACGCUUGGACUCAGGACCUGGUGCUCCCGGCCGUGGUUUGGUUUCCGGGUCUCUUCAGCCCGCGGUCCUUCCUCACCGCCGUCAUGCAGACCGUGGCGCGUAAGAACAAGUGGCCGCUGGACAAGACGGCGCUGUGCGUGGACGUGACGAAGAAGAGCAGAGAUGAUUACGGGCAUCCACCUCGAGAGGGCGCCUACAUCCACGGCCUCUAUCUGGAGGGUGCCCGCUGGGACGUCGGUGCGGGCGCGCUCUCCGAAGCCGUGCUGAAGGAUCUGAACCCGCUCAUGCCGGUGCUGUACGUCCGCGCGGCCCCCGCCGACGAGCUGGAGCUGAGAAACACCUACGAGUGCCCGGUGUACAGGACCAAGCUCCGGGGGCCCACCUUCAUCUGGAGCUUCCACCUGAAAACACGCCACCCGCCGGCCAAGUGGGUGCUGGCGGGCGUGGCGCUGCUGCUGUCCGUCUGAGCGGGCGAGGAGCUCCGGUCACUCCUACAGAAGAACGUCGGGGGGGGGGUCAACGUGCAGUAUUAAGCAGACGCUUUAAUCCAGAGUGACUUACGGUUAUGACUGAGCGUGUCAUUCAAUUCGAGCAUUUAAAGGUUAAGGGCCUCGCUCAGGGGCCCAACGGUGGCAACUUAGCAGUAGUGGGGCUUAUAGAGUAUUAAUAAAUAUAAAGACUACAUAUAUUUUAAUAAAUAAGAUGGUGUGAGUGACGUCACCUCUGCUACACUGGGGUUGAAGCCCAGACCAGAGAUCCCACUGCUCCAGUAUCCAGUGCACACUAGUCCUACAGCAGUGUGAUCUAUACCUGCUCGGGUGGGUUGCAGAAUAAAAAAAAUAAUAAGAAAUAUUGUUUUUAUUUUAAAAGGUGCAGAAAAACUAAAUACGCUUGUACACAAACGCCCCCUUGUGGAGGCUUUGGGUUACAUGUUGUAAACCACAGUGGGACCAGAUUGCCAAUAUUUUUAUUAAUGAAGUAAAUUAAAUUUUGUGUUUUGUGUCGAAGCAUCGUACCAGAACUUUGAUAGUGUAAACCAGCGUUCCCCAACCGUUUUUUGCACCACGGACCGGCGGGGGCGGGAGGAUUUAAAAUAGAAUAACAACAGAAUGGAGAAUCAGGGUGAAUCCUGAGCUUUUUUCGCUGCAGCGAGACGCUGCUCCCACCUAGUGGUGAUCAAAGACAAUAACACCUGAAGUGUGUUGGAAAUGUAAUUGCUCCUGUAGCGUCUCUUAAUUAUUUAUUCUUUCUGUGCGGCCCGGUAAUAAAUGGCCCACGGACGCCCGGUGGUUGGGGACCGCUGGUGUAUACGGUGUCUCAUCACACUUUCUGAGUCUCGUUCCUGCAGCCGGUCAGUGUUCAGUACACCAGCGUCCACCAAGACGCUCCAGGACGUUUCCUGUAUAAAUUUGUACCUUAAUGUGCAAUAAAUGUCUUAAUUCUGAAUAAAUAAAAUGAUGAGCUGUGUUACAGAAUGCAAA